AAGUUUUUGGAGAACGUAUCCACCCAUUAAAAAUGCUGCCAUUCUUGGGCAAAACCAAGACCAUGAUAUUGACCUACUCUUCUUCCUUCAUCACCCAUUUACUCUCACUCCCUCCAACUUCUACUCCUACGCUCGCCAUAUCUUCUUCCCCCCUUCAUCGAUCUUCCAAGGUUUUUUUUGGUUCGAUUUUGAGGUACAAGUUUCGGGGAUAUUGUUUUUCCGGGGUGAAUAGAGGAGAAUUGAUGGAUAACAACACCAAAGUGGUUCAAGAUCAUGACUCAGUUACGUAUUUGAAUCAUCGAGAAGCUGCUGAGGUUGAUGAAAUCCUUAUGGGUUCUCUUGGAUUUAGCGUCGAUCAGCUUAUGGAAUUGGCUGGUUUGAGCGUUGCUACAGCGAUUGCCCAGGUUUACAAUACAAAGGAGUAUAAUCGUGUAUUGACCAUAUGUGGCCCAGGAAACAAUGGUGGGGACGGUCUUGUAGUUGCUCGUCAUUUGUAUCACUUUGGAUAUAAACCGUUUGUUUGCUAUCCAAAGCGUACCGCAAAGCCCCUUUAUAUAGGUCUUGUGACUCAGCUAGAAUCAUUGGGUAUUCCUUUCCUGUCUGUGGAUGAUCUGCCUAUGAACUUAUUGGAGGACUUCAACAUUCUAGUUGAUGCCAUGUUUGGCUUUUCAUUCCAUGGUACACCAAGGCCACCAUUUGAUGAUUUGAUUCAACGACUAGUCAAUCUUCAAAAUUGUAAAGAAAUAAAUCAAAAACCUCCUGUCAUUGCCUCCAUAGAUAUCCCAUCUGGGUGGCAUGUGGAAGAAGGAGAUAUAAGUGGUGAUGGAAUCAAACCUGACAUGUUGGUUUCUUUAACUGCUCCUAAGCUGUGCGCCAAGAAGUUUUCUGGUUCCCAUCAUUUCUUAGGUGGGAGGUUUGUUCCACCGGCUAUUGUAGACAAGUUUAAGCUUCAACUUCCACCAUAUCCUGGAACUUCUAUGUGUGUUCGAAUUGGAAAGGCUCCACAAGUUGACAUAUCAUCAAUGAGAGAGAAUUAUAUUUCUCCUGAGCUCAGGGAGGACCAGGUGGAGGCUGAUCCCUUUGUUCAGUUCCAGAAAUGGUUUGAUGAUGCAUUGGCUGCUGGCUUGAAGGAGCCAAAUGCUAUGGCGUUAUGCACUGCUGGCAUAGAUGGCAAACCUUCAUCACGAAUGGUGUUGCUGAAAGGAUUCGACAAAGAUGGUUUUGUCUGGUACACAAAUUAUGCAAGCCGAAAAGCUAAGGAUUUAGCUUGGAAUGAUAAGGCAUCAAUUCUAUUUUAUUGGGAUAGGUUGAAUCGCCAGGUGCGAAUCGAAGGGUCUGUGAAGAAGGUUUCUGAAGAAGAAUCCGAGCAUUACUUCCAUAGUCGCCCUAGAGGAAGUCAGAUUGGUGCAAUAGCUAGCACACAGAGCACUGUAAUUCCAGGACGUGAUUUUCUCCAUGAAGAUUAUAAAGAUUUGGAAGCAAAAUUCUCUGAUGGAGCUCCAAUCCCGAAACCAAAACAUUGGGGUGGUUACAGGCUUACACCUGAAUUUUUUGAGUUUUGGCAAGGACAGCCAUCUCGAUUACAUGAUAGGUUAUGUUAUUCUCCCCAGGAGGUCGAUGGCACAAAUGUGUGGAGAAUCAAACGAUUGGCACCCUAACUAGCAUUCUCGUCAUCCUCAUUAUGAAAUACUCAAAAGUAUGCCAUUCUUUCUUAUUUGCUUGUCAUCUUUUCGUUCUGUUUUUGCAUAUAUCUUGCAUAUGCUCAUUGUCAACCAGAAUUUAAUGUGACUGAGACUCUAUCAAACUAUUUAUGACAACCAUCUUAAAUAUUUUUAAAAAAUUACAUAAGAAGUGCAUAAUAGAUUAAUACAAAUAACUACAUGAUGAUGCACCUAGAAUUUGAGUUCUGAUUUACCUUGAAUCUAGUCAUGGAAUACUGAGAAAUCUUGAGUUAGAGGACAAUCUAGAUCAGAACAGUUACGAAUAUUUGAAAUUUGUUUGAACCGAUGUGAGAAUGUGAUAAUAUGUUAUACUUACCUGGUUAAAAGAGACUAAGGGCAUGUUUGUUAACAACUUAAUGAGCUUAAUGGGAUUCGCAUUUUAUUCGGUCAGCUAUACAUGACUGUUUGGUAGUAGCUUAAUGAUAUAGAAAGUGGCUUAUUCGUUUAUGUAGAAACCCAAGCUUUAUCCAAACCUUCCCUUCCCAAUUAAAAAACAGGCUCCUUCCAUCCAUGAAGAAAACCCUCUCAAUCUAUACAUACAAGACUUGAUGGAAAACUAACCAAACAACCCAAGUAACUCGGGUCUUUUUUAGUACCCUUCAUAUAUCGGGUACGUUUUGUUUGGUUUGGUUUGGUUUGAUUUGGUGAUUAGAACAAACAAAAUUAAUAAUUGGUGAACCUAAAGAUGAAUCAAGUGUGAAGUCUUUAAGCUUGAGUUUCUUGACAUUUUGGUGCUUUUUAGAAAACCCUUUUUUAAAUUUGUGUGAUGGAGAAGGGUUUGCUUUAUUUCUUAUCAAGUAGGUGGGAAAAUGCCCAAAAGAUUUGGAGGUUUAUGUUAUGGAUGAAGCCUUUAUAUCCAAUAUAUUAUAUGCAUGUAGAAAGAAGAUGAGUGGGGAGGUUGAUCCUGACCAAAAUAGGGUCCACCCAUGAGGAAAACAUCCUGCUGCACAUUUCUUUUUAAACUUCUUUUGACCACUUGGAACCU